GCAGCAUUUCCAGUGCGGAGAAGUAAAUGGCGUACGUCAGCAUGAGAUAUGAACGACGACCCCUCGCUUUUGACGUUGCACUCGUGUAUUUUGUUGACAAAACUUCAGCCGCCACACGCGAUACGUUGCUGAAAUUUUAGACCUUCUGCUGGCACCUUUGAGCGGCGAAAAAGGACCGCCUGGCCCAUCGCAGACCGAAACUGCGGUGCAGUCUUGUGCUGCAUGUUAGCAUAAAUUAUUUUCUGAACCUCCGUUGAUUCCGUGCAAAUUUGACAAUUGAGUAGUUGAGAUAUCUGCUCGGUUCACGUCUCAAAAAUCCAAGAUGAGGCUUAACAGAAGUAUACAAGUUGUGCUCUUCCUGGUUUUGACCUUGAUUGGCAGCUGCUGCCAUGCAUUUUACGUACCCGGUGUGGCUCCUGUCGAAUUCCACAGAGGCUCAAAAAUAGAAGUGCGAGCCGUAAAAAUGACAAGCACACACACCCAACUGCCCUACGAAUAUUAUUCGCUGCCCUUCUGCCUCCCCAAAAAUGGGACUUUUAUUUACAAGUCGGAAAAUCUUGGGGAGGUUUUGAGAGGCGAUCGAAUUGUAAACACGCCCUACGAUGUGCGAAUGGCAGUAAACGUCCCUUGCAAGUUGCUUUGCCACUCGCCUGGAAAUCCCAUGACUUGGGGCGACGAAUCUUCCCAGGCCGUCAUCAACCGAAUCCAACACGAAUACUAUGUUCAUCUGUUGGUGGACAACCUUCCAGUGGCGACGAGGGUCACUGACCCUGACACGGGUGAAAUACGUUUUGAGCACGGUUACAGACUCGGCAUUCAGUUCGAAUCGAUGGGCAGCUUCGUCAACAACCAUUUAAAACUGAAGCUGCUCUACCACACAGAGAACAAUGAAACGUUCCGCGUUGUUGGUUUCGAAGUGGAAACGUUUAGCGUUGACCAAAGUGAAAUGAAGUUUGAAAAAGCCGAUGGAGGCACUGACUGGCGGUGCUCGUUCCCCACGCAGCACAAGCAGCAAGUUGUGAAUCCAAAAGGAGGCACCAGACUCUUUUUCACAUACAGUGUUGAGUGGCACCCUUCCCCCAUUAGUUGGGCGUCCCGAUGGGACAUUUAUCUGCGAAUGUCUGAUGUUCAGAUUCACUGGUUCUCCAUUGUCAACUCGCUAGUUGUUGUCUUUUUCCUUUCUGGAAUAUUGACUAUGAUUAUGGUCCGCACUCUGCGCCGAGACAUUGCUCGUUACAACCAGGACGAAGGGCCUGAUGAGGCUGUCGAAGAAACUGGUUGGAAGUUGGUACACGGUGAUGUUUUCAGACCACCCCGAUAUCCUCGACUUUUUGCUGCCGUUCUCGGAAGUGGGAUCCAGAUUUUCUUGAUGGCCCUAAUCACCAUCUUUUUUGCCAUGCUUGGAAUGUUGUCCCCUGCAUCUAGAGGUGCUCUGGCCACAGCUGCAAUUUUCUGCUACGUCUUUAUGGGUCUGAUUGCCGGAUAUUUCUCAGCCAGGGUUUACAAAACCAUGAAGGGAAAGGAAUGGAAAAGAGCUGCUUUUUUGACUGCUACUUUGUAUCCUGGAAUCGUAUUUUGCACCUGCUUCUUCCUGAAUUUCUUCAUCUGGGGCAAACACUCGAGUGGAGCAGUGCCAUUCCCGACCAUGUUGGCACUGUUGUGUCUUUGGUUCUGCAUUUCCCUGCCUCUCGUCUACCUUGGCUACUAUUUCGGAUUCCGCAAGCAGCCGUUCCAACAUCCCGUUCGCACUAACCAGAUUCCUCGACAGGUGCCAGAGCAGCUUUGGUAUAUGAACACCUUCCUCUGCACCUUGAUGGCUGGCGUGUUACCUUUCGGAGCUGUUUUCAUCGAGCUAUUUUUUGUGUUCACUGCCAUUUGGGAAAAUCAGUUCUACUAUCUAUUUGGAUUCUUGUUCCUGGUAUAUUUAAUCCUGGUCGUUUCUUGCUCUCAAAUCUCGAUUGUAAUGGUCUACUUCCAACUUUGUGGAGAGGACUACCGCUGGUGGUGGCGAAGUUUCACAGUCUCGGGUGGCUCAGCCGUUUACGUGUUUGCAUACUCAGUGUUCUACUUUGCCACAAAACUGGAAAUCUCCGAGUUCAUUCCCACCUUGUUGUACUUUGGCUACACAGGCAUCAUGGUGCUCACUUUCUGGUUAUUGACGGGCACCAUUGGAUUUUUCGCUGCCUACGCCUUCAUUAGAAAAAUCUACGGUGCCGUCAAGAUUGACUAAACUGAUGAACUGUGAUACAAGCAGCCCACUUCUUACCAAGUUGCUUAGUGUAGUUACUUAUCGUAAUUGAGAGUGAAUGUGUUUUGAGAGAAGAGUAUUCCAUGCCAGUCACUAGCAAAAUCUUAACUGAACUAUUCUUUGUUCACUAUUUUUAUGUUGUGCACGUUUUACAGCUUUGAGUUAGCUGUGUUGUAAUAGUAAGGAUACAAAGAAUAUAAUAUUGACUUUUCCAGAUUCAAAUUAAUUAAUAAAAUCUGAUUUUUCUUUAUGAAC